AUGGUGAAUAAUACAUCACAGGUGGGCAUCAAGGAAGUGGCUUCAAGUGAUGGACGCAACAUCGAGUUUAGCACCAGUGCAACUGCUGUGCCGAAAUUCAUGAAGCUGAGCGAUGAAGUGGUCAAAUAUCUCACGGAUGGAAGCAGUAUCAUUGCCGACAAAUUCGCAAACAGCAAAAGAUCCAAGAGCACUGAAGCAGAUGCAGAAAAUGGCAAUCUCAGGAGGAGCGAGACAAACAUCGGAGCAAUGCAAAUGUCAGAAGGGGAAAACUAUGCAGAAAAUAAUUCGGUUGACGAAGACGAGCGAGUAGUUGGAGAAACAACAACGCAGGACGAUGGAAAUGUUCGAGACGAGAAUGGUGCGAUUAUAACUGAUCCAAGAAUGGCAUACUUUAAAAAAUUUGAAAAAUUUUUCGAUUUUCUACAAACAACCAUUAAAAAAGUUGCCAAAAUUGUAAAGGAAGGCCAGGAAAACAACAAAGAAAGGAUGAAAAGUCUUGUAAAAGACAUUAACAUCAUCUGGAGACCGAAUGCUACCAUGGAUAGCACAACGAAUAGCGGGCUUAGCGGGCUGUUAACAAACUUUGGACUUAAAGAACCGGAAAUCGGUGGAACAGUGGCAUCGCAAAGCAUUGCUGUGAACGAGCCCAGAAAUGCCAGUAAAACGGUUACAAUUUUGUCAGCUGCUGGGCAGGCAAUUUUGCCCGAAAAGCCAAGUGAGAACGGCAUGGGCAAUACAACGACCCAGUCAUUGAAGCACCAAACAAAAAAUUACAACAAUGACACAUUGGGAUCUUCUCAGAGAACUGCGACUGUCCAAUCACAACGGAGUGAGACGAACAAACUGCGUUUCGGAUCCGAUGAAGACCUUGCAUUUCAAAAAGAUCGAGAAGCA